UAUUGGAGGUCGUUGUCGAAUUUGGUGGCUUCCCUUUUAAACUCGAUACAAUCGAUCGCGUCUUUGUUGCUUCUGCUCUUCCUUUUUAUCGUGAUCUUUGCCCUCCUAGGCAUGCAGAUAUUAACCGGCGAAGAUUGGAACGCCGUUAUGUACGAUGGAAUUAGAGCCUACGGCGGUGUUGCAAGCUUUGGCAUGCUCGCUUGUUUCUACUUCAUCAUUCUCUUUAUAUGCGGUAACUGUAUCCUUUUGCCUGUAAAAGUCGAGACGAGAAAUCAGUCGCAAACACCUCGUCUUCAGUCGCGCGUCAUUUUGCCCAGUUGAUCGUGAAAACGUGCAUACGUUAUCGUAUACCUAACAGGUGUCAGUGACGUUGAGCCUCAGUGGCUCUGAACUAAUACUCUUCUCUGUUCUUGUGAAACGUUCCUUGACGAGAGGAAACCUGCAGAUAUCCUACUCAACGUCUUCUUGGCCAUCGCUGUUGAUAACCUUGCCGACGCUGAGUCGUUAACUGCCAUCGAGAAGGAAGCCGAAGAA